UCAGCGCCGGCCCCACGCUGAGCGAGGAGUGCCCCGCAGACAUGGUGAAGAUGACCAAGUCCAAAACUUUCCAAGCUUAUCUGCCAAACUGCCACCGCACGUACAGCUGUGUCCACUGCAGAGCCCACCUGGCCAAUCACGACGAGCUCAUCUCCAAGUCCUUUCAGGGAAGCCAGGGGCGCGCCUACCUCUUCAAUUCUGUGGUGAACGUGGGCUGCGGCCCUGCCGAGGAGAGGGUCCUUCUCACCGGCCUGCACGCCGUCGCAGACAUCUACUGUGAGAACUGCAAAACCACGCUCGGGUGGAAAUACGAACACGCCUUUGAAAGCAGUCAGAAAUAUAAGGAAGGGAAAUUUAUCAUUGAGCUUGCCCACAUGAUCAAAGACAAUGGUUGGGAGUAAAGCGAAGGCUUCCUGUUCUCUUCCGAAUCCUGUUUUGCGAGAGACUUUAUUGGAAUGGAAACACAGGAGCGUCCUGGAUGACUAUUUUUUGAACUUGAACCUUGCAAGCCUGCCUCUUCCGGCCGUUCCCAUGGGUAAGGCUCCAUUUGGUCUAUGUCCUCUUCAUGUAUGUGGUCGUUUCAGAAACGUUCCAAUGACCCUUUUCUAGUGUCUCAAAUUCUAGAGGAAGAAUUAACCAGCUGAUGGCUUAUCUGUCUAGUUCAUACCUUCUUGAACCUGACUUUAAAAUCAAGUUUGGCUGCUCUUUCACAUUUGACAGAAACGAGCCAAAUCUACAGACCACAGGGACAGGGUCUCUUUAGAGAGCAGGUUCACCCCUGUCGUUUAGAAGGACAGUGUUAUAGCCCACUUUUUUCCAAAUUUGCAAAAUUACAAAUUGGUUAUUUCUCUUGCAAAUGAGCUGUUAAGUCACAGUGCUCAUUUCAGAAUAUUCCAGAAGCAGUCAAAUCUAUACACGGAGGGUGUUUUUCUUAGCCUUGUUCAAAACCAGAAGAUACCAUUGAUAACAUUUUAGGUAAGCUAGAAAUAGAGAAAUGUGUUCAGUGGAACAUCCUGUUUAUUUAAGCCAAUAGCCUCCUUAUCUAGGAAUCAAGUGAACCAGUUGUUAGCAAAGACUGACCCAGGGCCUGCGGGCGCAGCUGUGCCAGGGCCAGGUCCCGGACCCAGGCUCCGGAGGUGGGGCUGACGUGAGGCAGGCACUGAGUGCUGGUCCAUGGAGUACUAGUUUAACACACUGGACUGAGUAAAUCGGACUUCCUUUUCUACUCUGAUGUACUUGAAGAAAAAUAAUUAUUUUUGCAUAUGAAAGAGGCCAGAACUAACAGGAUAAACUUUCAAACUUGAGAUUUGGUAGAUUGUUUUUAAUGUUUUCAGAAAAGGUUAAAGUUGCAAGACAGGUUUAAACUUUGUAAAUGAGAUGUUUGGUUUGCUCAGCGGGUCACCCUGCCUUGCCUGGUUGUCCCAUGGGCUGUCACAGAAGGGCCUGUGCAGUGUCCUAGGUCCCGAGUAGCCGCCACAUGUUUUAAGUUUUGACCCACCCCUGCUUCUGCAGGGAGUGGACACUGCACGGGUUUUGGCCAAUUUGUAAAGAAUUUAGAUCAAAAAUGGUCCCAAAUAAGUUUUCUGUUUCAAUGUUCUAACCCGACUCCAGCCUGUGGGCCAGCCUGCUGCUCCCGGUGCGCGGGGAGGCCUCUGUGUGCUCACCGUGGCGUGAGGCUCUGGCUCCCGGCGCCAAGGGCAGGAAAAGGCCCCGGGGAGCAGGGAGAGGAGAGCCGUGUGCCCAGGUGCUUCUCAGCCUGUAGGCGAGGUUAGUCCAGUGGCAGCGAGCAUGAGCCCCUGCCCCGACCCCAGCCUCCCGAGCCCAGAGCCGUGGCCAUGCAGGCACGGGGCUCCCUGCCCGGUUCUGGUUCGGCUGCUCACCUGGAGCUUCCCCUUUGGCACCAUCUCUGCCUGAGUCUCGAAGCCUUGGAACACGGGGAACGUGGCAGCCGGAGAGCAGGGUGGGUUAGUGCCCGAGGAGCCUCUGCCCCGCAUCUUCGGCCGAAGGAAGGUCCUGGUGCCGCUGUGGAAGCCUCUGCACUCGCAGCGCUCCAGCUGGCGCUGCUGCCGAGCUGGUGUCCAGAGAUCUAGGCUGACCGGGCCCGGCCGUGUAUCCAAGGUAGGGUUCGGCUGUGGAGCCUCGGGCCUACAGGGCCGUCACUCACUUGGCAGGGAGCAGUGGGAAACCUGAAGACGCUUCGCGCUCGCACUGGCAUGUGAAACCGCAAACACCUGCAGCUCGGCCCUUAGGGGAAACGUGGAGGACUGAGGGAGCCUUCCCUGAGUGAGUACUCGUGGUGAAAACCUGGCCGCCAUGGACACGCCCUUCUCGUUUGGUUCCUCUACAAGCCUCUCCUGCACCUGAGGCUCCGGACCAGGGAAGUGGGCGGCGCUGAGCCCCCACCGCUGGGCCAGGGCAGCGGCUCCUGUGUGUCUCCAGGUCUUUGCUGCAACUGAAUCUAAAAUUCUCCUGACCGGUUUUUGUAUAUACUAAACUUAUAUUUAAAGCUUUUAUAUGUUCUGGGCAAUUUUACUGCUCCUUCAAUUUGAGCACUUUGGUUUUGUAUCGUAUUUUUGAUGGCAUCGAAACCUUUUUCUUGGUGUUAUGCCUUUUUUUGUUUUUUAUAUAAUUGAUACAAAUAUUCUCACCACUUUUUUGUUGGUCUGCAAAACCCAAGCUCCUUUUUGAAACCAAAUGAACUGAGCUGGCUUCAGGGAAGGACAUCCGUGAGCCACAACGACGUGCUGGUAUGUUCCACCCUCUCAAAUUCCUAAACAGUAAAUGUCAUCCCGACUUUAAGUUAUUUAAACUAUUUUUUCCCUGAGUGGGAGGUGAUGCCAGGAUUACAAAUGCAUUUAACUUAAAACUGUGCCGUGUCCUCUGGCUCAGUACAUUUGCUUUAGAAACGUGGUUUAGUCUUGUUGCCAUUUUAUAUAUACAUAUAUAAUAUUUUUAUACCUUAACACUUAUUCUUGAUGGCAUCUGUCAGAUAUUAGCAAGGAUCAGAAAUGGGAAUUUUUCAAAAGUCCUUUAAUUUACCUGAUGACCUCACCAGGUACUUAAAAAA